UCAAAGGAUAGAUUGCCAGAAGAUACACUUACCAUGACAUCUUGCCUAAGACUGCUACACAUGUUAUGUGGGGUUUAAAGUCCCACCUUACGCGGUGCAAAUGAGUCGGCGCAUUCUUAAGAAAUGUAAGUUUUUAACAACUUUGUAACAACUUAGGUCUAUGAUGAGUUGUAGCAGCAUCAUCAUAAGCAUUGGCGUAAAUCAAGAAGAGUAGGCAGAAAUCCGCGCAAACGAUCUGGGAGCUGUUCAAAGUGAAGUUUUCAUAACAAUACAAUUCAAAACGACAAUUUCACGAACCGCUUGUCUUCAAUCAAACAUCAGAGGAAACUCGCGACUCCCGGAGCGAAGGUGAUAUUGGACUGUAUUGUUUUGUCCACAAAAGAUGAGAACUAAAAAUCCACAUCUUCUACUAAUAGUGUACCUGUGCUGGGGAAGCCAGGGACAGCCGACAGAAUCUGCUCCUUCCAUCACCAGCGUUACAGUGGGAGGGAGCUUCCAGUUUUCCUUCACACCUGGGGGGAACCAAAGCUACAGGGUUGAGUUGAAAUUUAACUCCAUGGUGCUGAUUGUUACAAGGAUCUUUCAGUCAUCCCCAUUUAUAAAUGUAAACUACUUGAGCCAGUUUCUAAACCCAGUAUCACUGCUGAGUGUCUAGGCAGCAACGUCACUCUAGCCUGCAAUAGCAGUCAGGGGACCAAUGUGGAAUACGUCUGGGAAGCUGCGCCCCCUUGUGGAGCCUAAGUUCCAGAAGUGGAACCUAAGAUUUUAUUUAUUUGAAUCCCUUUCCUGAGAGCUUCACCAUAUGAAUAUUCUUCUGAGAUGGUGAAAAAAGACAACAAAGAUGUGUGAAAUUGCUGCCAAAAUUCUUGAUAAAAAUGAAAUCCAUAGAAAACGUUUGCCUUUUAGAGGGAACACAUCUUCGUUUCGGCAAGUAUUACACAUGGGCGUGGCUUUGGCCUUACGAAAGGGGCGGGUUGAAUGUCAAAUCCCGCCUUCCUGCAGUUACGGACCUCUGGAAACCCCACAGUGGAAUGUGGCAGGACAGACAUGCGGGUUACAACCAAUCACACACAUAAGCGCGAGCAUACGAAUAUAAGGAAGUUUAUUCAUAAAAUGUGGAUUUGGAUUCUAUGAAACACAGCACAAGUAAGUGAUAUGAAUACUCUGAUUUAUGUAUGGAGCAUUAUAUAGAUUUUUUGCUAGUCCCUUAUGUAUUUAGCGUACCGGACAACUUAAUAUUAAUUAUGGUAUGGAUAUUAGAGAGUAUUAGCGGCCUAACUAGUAGUACGAUAUGCAUGCUUGACUGUCUUUCUGAUGAAGUAGUUUGAAUGGAUAUUUCUAAAUCAGAAUCGCAUUCAAUUCAUCGAUCGUGGAGAGCAGAGUUAAAGUGAUUAUUACAUUGUUGCCUGUUACAUUAAUGUAUUUAAAAGACGCUUUGUUCAAAAGCAGCGUCCCGUCAUGUGUCUGCAAAUAGUCAAUCGAAUACUGUACAGUGCACUGUGUAUGCCAAACCGAAGGCUCCAUAAAUGUUUACAGCACUUCAUUUCACUAAGAACACGAUAUUAACUCCAUAGCACCUAUAUUUAUUUAAUCCUACUGAAGUCUAGUUUCGGGAGGCUGAUGUUCGCUUUUUAUUCGCAACUUCUGUUGGAUGGGAGUCUUCGCGUUUUCACUGUUUAUAACUUAAGGCUUUUUCAAAAUACAAACGUAUGAGUAGAACGUUUAAACUAAUUUCUGGGCGAUUUGUGAAAUACAUGUAUGAAUUAUAUACGUGUUGCAGCUUAAACAUUAUUCAUUCCAUGGUAGCUGCGAAAAAGAAACUAACCGCAGCCUCGUAGUGACACUCGGGUAACUAAAAAAACAAAGGGAGAAAGGUCGCACUUUGCAGAAUCAAUGAGACUCAUCUUCGGUGGCACUUUACUGGUGGGUGUUACGCCCCAGCCUAGGGCUGAGACGUUAUCAGGUAUGGGAAAAGUUAAAUUGUAUUAUUUAACACUUAAUACAGAAACACCAAUGUGAGCUUCAGGAGUGACCCAGGCCAAAACAAACAAAACAGGUGACUGACUAAGUGCAUAAAACCUGGGACUAGAUCCCUGGAGCAUGGAACCUAGAAAAGAUGCAGCAACAAACAGACUGUAACAUGAGGUCACAAGUGAUUUCAGUCAGGGGCGGACUGACAAUCGGGAGCACCGGGACAUUUCCCGGUGGCCUGACGGUCGUUCUGGCCUGCCGGCUGCCGCUGUGCAGACGAUCAGCCUGGCAUGUGAUAGGCUGGUGUGCAACUACGAAUUAAUUGACGGAUCUCUCAAUCUACGAAUCAGGCAAUGGCGGAGGGAAAAUUACACUCCCACAUGACCCAACGCCAGCGACGCACUGCCUAAUAUCUGCCUAUAUCCAGAGAGAGAGUAAAUGACUAAAUCGUUCAAAAAAUGGAGCGUAAACGCAGAGGAGGAGCAGAGAGGGAGCGUGUAAAAAGGAAAAAAGCCCUGGCCGCAGACGCAGCAAGCUGCUGCAAAAACCCAGCAAUGUUCGCCAGUAAGGGAACAGGUCGGUCAAGAUUACAUUUACAUUAUAUUUAUAAUAAUUUGGCAGACGAACACUUUCAUCCAAAUCACUUAGAUAAUCACAAUAGAUAAAAUUAAACCAACAAACGAGCAACAAUAUGUAAGUGCUGCUGUGCUGUGUCAAGUUUCGUUUCGUCUACAUGUAGCAUAUUUUUUAUAUAAUAAAUAAAAAUGAAUAAAAAGUAGACAGAAUAGUGUUAGUGGGUCAAAUUGUUUUAAAUAAUAAAUCAAGUAGAUGGAAUGGAAAAGAAUACAGUAUUAGUUAUUUUGAUUUUUCAUUUGUAGUCUACAAUAGGUAGCCUACAAUGUUUGUUUGUUUGUUUAUUUAUUUAUUUUGAAAAGGUGACGAAGGAAGCAGCAGUAGCACUAGUGUUGCAAAUGCUCCUGCUGUUGAGCUAGAGGUGGUGGACAGUUCAGCGUUUGAGUCAGAGCAGGAACCUUCAGGUAAAGUUUAAGAUAAGCAAAACUAAACAUGCAGGCAGCAGGCUAUACUUUUUAAACAACAUGUGCUUUUUAUGAUUUAUAAGAUCAGUAGUAGGACUGUGAUUUUGGGGACAUACAACUGAUGGCUGCACAAUUAUAAAUACAGAUUAUUGAACCCGCUUAUUUCAUAUUGCAGAGCAACUAGAUGUGCAGAGUGAGAGAGAGAAUGAUUCAGGGAAAGGUGAAGGAGACAGUGAAAGCCUUGAUAUCUCUUUUGAUUAUUUUGCCCGUCCACAGUCUAAAGAUUUAGAUUUUUUUUUAAGUAUCACCCAAUUCAAACAUCUGAAAGAGCCAUUUCUGAUGUAUUCCAUUCAAAAGAUGGCACGAACAGAAAAUGGCUGACAUACAAUGAAAGUAAUCACUCCCUAUUCUGCUCAGUAUGUCUUGCAUUUGCAAAACCUUUAGGCAGUGACAGUGCAUUUGUCAAAGGAGGUAUGCAGGCCUGGAAACAUGCCCAUCAGAGAGUACAGGAACAUGAGAGUAGCAGUAUCCAUAGAGAAAGUGCUGAAGCCUUUUUUCUUAGAGUCAACAAAGCAGAUAUCCAUACCCUUCUGACUGAUCCAUCAAAUGUCUGUCCAUCGAGACCAGGUUAGAAAGAGAAGGCAGGUCUUGGAACGUGUGAUUGAUGUAGUGAAAGUUAUUGGUAAAUGUGACUGCAGCAGCAGAAGUGGCCUGGGAGUGGAGUCAAAUUCCCGGCCUGAAUUAUUGUCCCAGUCCGCCACUGCAUGUAACAUUGAGCAGAUACUGCAAAUCACUUCAGAAGCUGAGAGACCAGGGGUCCAGUGAUCUUCCAAGUGUAGGUUACCGCAGUAGCAACAAAGUUUUCUCUGAGGUGCAGGAGAAGGUGCUGGCUGGCUAUUUGACUCAGGCAGCAGACCUGUAUUAUGGACUGACUCCACGUGAGCUCUUUUCUCUCCCCCAAAAUGAGAGAUGAGAAUCCAGACCUCAGUGUAUCGGCAUGGAUUACUAGAGCAAAGAGCUGCCUUCUACUGUUAGUGUACCUGUGCUGGGGAAGCCAGGGACAGCCGACAGAAUCUGCUCCUUCCAUCACCAGCGUUACAGUGGGAGGGAGCUUCCAGUUUCCCUUCACAACUGGGGGGAACCAAAGCUACAGGGUUGAGUUGAAGUUUAACUCCACUGUGCUGAUUGUUACAUGGAUCUUUCAGUCGUCCCCAUUUAUAAAUGUAAACUACGAGGGAAGAGUGAAGAUUCUGGAAAACCUGGUACAGCUGGAUAACUUACAGCUUUCAGACUCAGGAUUUUAUGAUCUAUAUGUAGAUUAUCUUACUGGAAAAAGGGGGCGAUACAGAAGGUUUCGUAUACAGGUUUUUGAGCCAGUUUCUAAACCCAGUAUCACUACUGAGUGUCUGGGCAGCAACGUCACUCUGGCCUGCAAUAGCAAUAAAGGGACCAAUGUAGAGUACGUUUGGAAAACUGCGCCCCCUUGUGGAGAGAGCUGCUUGGUGCAUCUUGGGCCUGUUGUUGAAAUACCCCAGUCUGAUGCACCGAGCUCCUUAUAUUAUACAUGUACGGCUCAGAACGAAUUCAGCAAUGAGACCAGUGACCCUUUGGAGCUGAAAUUAUGCUCCACACAGCCAGCAGGUCGCAGAUGGACCAUGAUCCUGUUUGCAGUAAUAUCAGUAGUAGUUCUUACUGGAGCUGUGAUCUGCAUAGAAAUAUGGAGGAAGGGAAGGACCAGACAACAACAAAAAUAUAGGUCCAGCUGAGCCAAGUAGAGAUGAAGGUCUCUUAGCAUCUCCUGCAGUAGAACUCCAGGGCUGAUCUACAGGAGAGGAAGACGAGGACCAUCCAUCUUCCUACUACUUACCCCCCCGCCCAUGCCCCUGUACUGGGUAUGUUAACUCCAGAUAGCAUGGGGCACAAGGCUGGGGGUCACCGGAUGGUUUUAUGACCCCUGGCAUCCAUACAAACAGCAUUCCUCUAGAAUGUUCCGUCUCCUCUCUGGAUCAUCAGGCUUCCCAAAGACAUGGUCAUUGUUGUGAGGAUUGAUUCAAAACUUGGUUUUGCACUUUUCCAUCAGUAUCAUAUUGAUUGUUAAUGCUUUUUGUCUUUGUUAGGUAGGCAGAUAAGGUUAAUCAUUUGGGGCUCUGUAACCUUGAGUGACAGCUGUCUUAUUCCACUCUGGUUUACCCCAUUACAUAUUCUGUAUCCUAGAUGGAAAGGUACAGUGAUAAUAUGCAGUGCUCUCUAACUAUUAUACCAACACUGAACCACUCACUUCUUCCAUAUUCUGUCUCUGCUGACUUCUGCUCCUGUGUACAGAUGAUGUGCUGCUAUCUGUAGUUGUUUGCUUUCGGUUUUAUUUAUACACAGAUUCUUUCACAUCUUUUUAAACAAAGUCUUCAUAUAUUUUCAUUAAGUCUUCAUGUAUAAUAUGUGAAAUUUGUUUAUUUGAACUACAUGUCCUGUAUUUGCAUUUUGCAUCAUGUCUGUGCACUUAAUGCCUCUAAGUGCUGUAUGCAAAUAUUUGCCACCUGAAAUAGCAUUAAAGUAAAAAACAAUUUUAUAUCGGCGUCUUGUAUGUUCUCACAUUCCUUCGCUCAUUUGGUUGUUUCGAUUUCUCUCAGAUGAAGGGGAAGGUCAUGUGGUGUUUUUUGAUAUUUUGUGCGGGCUCAGAUUUUUUUUGCCACGACACCAUCUGAUUUAAGUUUAACGCCAUGUCAAACUUUGGCAUGAAGGUUAAUUUAUUAAAACAUCUGUCUGUGGAAUCGGGGUGGGGGUGUGUGAAGUGAAACAGCUCUGGUUCUGUCUGUCACUUUGGGUCCAGUUUAAACUUCGGCUCUGACACAGUAGAGUUCAUUCAGCUCAGACUGAGACUGGACUCACCACCAGAAGGCAGUAGGACAGGAUGAAGUGUGUUUGCUUUUGGGGGAUAUUUUUCAUCUGUUUCUCUCUCAGUCAGUUUGGCAGUGCCAGAGUGAUUCCAGAGGAUGUUCCAUAUGAGGAGCCCGCCGCGGUGCCCUACUGGCCGUAUUCCACCACCGACUUCUGGAGAUACGUGGAGCAUUUUCGCAGCCUGGGGGACUACAACCGCAUAAAUGAGAUGGCGAGGGCUUUCUUCGCCCACCAGCAUUUUGGAGAUACCCUCGGCUACGGAGUUCGCGAAGGGCACGAACAUUAGAAAAGAUAACAUGAAAUGAAUCUCUCCAGAUGCCAACGUUAACAUUACUUCACAGAAAAGAAACCCCUAGCUAUUAGUUGAUGUGCAUGGUGCUAGAAAUGAGCCUGAAUUAAAUAUAAUCCUGUAUUAAUUUUAAGCAGUUAUUGCAAAUCGAGUAACGUAAUUUAGUAUGUGUCCUCGCCAAGAAUAAACUUCAAAAUAAUUCAA